GGUGUGACCGCAGCCCGCAUUCGAUAUUGAUGAAGCCAGGCAAAACGUAGAAAAGCAAAAGAAAACCUUAAUUAAUGUUAAGUUAAAAGUGUAUAAACCCGAGAUUAAGUGCAAGGAUGUCGAAACGGAGCGCCGACGACGCCACCGGCAGCAGCUGCUUGGUGGCCGCCGCAGCCGCCGGCCAGCCGCCCAUCAAGAAGGUGCACUUCGAGCCCCAUCUGAUUGGGCCGGUGUCCACGCUGGAGGAGAUGGACAUCAAAGUGCUGGAGUUCCAGAACAAGAAGCUCGCACAGCGCAUUGAACAGCGGAUGCGAACGGAGGCGGAGCUGCGACAUCGGAUCGAGCAGCUGGAAAAGCGGCAAACGCAGGACGACGCCGUGCUAAACGUGGUCAAUCGGUAUUGGAAUCAGCUGAACGAGGACAUACGAGUCCUGCUGCAGCGCUUCGAUGCCGAGACGGCCGACGAACUGGAGAACCGGAAUGAGAACGAGGUGACCACCUCGUUUCUCGCCCAAUUGUCCACCUGGGACAAGGAGGAGCUGGACGAAAAGCUGGCCAACCGCGUCCAAGUGUCCAAAAGGGCGGUGGCCAAGAUCGUACAGGUUAUUGAUAGGUUAAUGCAACGCAAUGAAAAGAUAACUCAUGUCUUGAAAGGUGAUAGUCUGACUUCAGCUGGCUCCGGUUCAGGAGCGGGGGCUGGCGGCGAGGAGGAGCAGCAGCAGGCCAGCGGCGAUGCGGAGACGACAACGUCAUCGGCCGGUGUCCAUGCGCUAGAGGAAACUCUGAAGCAAACGCACAUCGAGAUCAUGAGCGAAAACCACAAGCUGCAGAAUCUGAAUACCUCGCUACACGAGAAGUUCCACACCAUGUCGCUGAAGAUGAAGGAGUACCAGGACGCCCAUACCGCCAAGGAGACGGAGAACGCCGAACUGAAGAACCAGAUAGACGAACUGCAAUAUGACCUAGAGAAAAUCCAUUGCCGGAAUGAUAAGCUGGAGAACCACCUGGCCGAGGCCAUUGAAAAGCUGAAGGCAUACCACCAGAUUUAUGGUGAUCCCAAUAAGAGCACUAAUAGUGCCAAGACACCCACUUCCACAGGCAGCGGCGGCGCCACCACCAGCGUUAAUAGCCAGCUCUUGGAGGAGCUGCAAAAGGAGCUGGAGGAGUACCGCGAACUGGCCAACAACCGACUGCAGGAGCUGGAUAAGCUCCACGCCACGCAUCGCGAAACCCUCAAGGAGGUGGAGAAGCUCAAAAUGGAUAUACGACAGUUGCCGGAAUCGGUAAUUGUGGAAACCACGGAGUACAAGUGCCUGCAGAGCCAGUUUUCCGUGCUCUACAACGAGUCCAUGCAGAUAAAGACCAUGCUGGACGAGACCCGAAACCAGCUGCAAACGAGCAAGAACCAGCAUCUGCGACAAAUCGAAGUGAUGGAAAGCGAGGAACUUAUCGCCCAGAAGAAGGUACGCAGCGAAAUGAUCCAGAUGGAGGACGUUCUAGCCCUCAUCCGCAAGGAAUAUGAAGCGCUACGCAUUGAGUUCGAGCAGAACAUGGCAGCCAACGAGCAGACGGCACCCAUCAAUCGCGAGAUGCGCCACCUGAUCACCUCUCUACAAAACCACAAUGGCCAAUUGAAGGGUGAAGUGCAGCGCUACAAGCGAAAGUACAAGGACACGUCCACGGACAACUUGAAGCUGCGUCAGGAGCUCGCCGAUGCACUAGCAACACUCGAAGGCAACAAGUUACAAGCGGCGACUGGUGCGGCUGGCGAAGAAAUCAAGCAGGAGAACUCUACAGGUGUGAAGGAGGAGAACUCGAACAACGUUUCUGCCAGUGGACAAACAAACCAAACGAAUUCCGGCAACGAUACCAACGUAGCCAUCAAGGAGGAGAACCAUAUAUCGGCUGAAGAUGAAGCUGAUGACGAGGCCAGUGGUAAGGACGUAAAGGACGGCAUUAAGCAAGAGAAGCUUGGUUCUGGAGACGCGGCGGCAGCUGAGAAGAAGGAUUCCCCUGGACCCGGAAACUCAACAAGUUCUGCUACCAAUUCUGUUCCUGUCAAAAACGAAAAGGAUUCCAAGGAUGGUGUCAAGGCCAAGGAUGUGAAGGCAGUGGAAAGUGAAGCGGUGCGGGAUCUGAAGGCGCAACUAAAAAAAGCGCUGAACGACCAGAAAGAAAUGAAACUCCUGCUGGAUAUGUACAAAGGCGUAUCGAAGGAUCAGCGCGACAAGGUCCAGCUGAUGGCAACCGAAAAGAAACUGCGCUCCGAGAUCGAGGAGCUCCGCCAGCAGCUAAAGAAGCUGCAGGAAAGCAAGCGCGAGGAACGGAAGAAGCUGGCCGACGAGGAGGCGUUACGUAAGAUUAAGCAACUGGAGGAGCAGAAGUACGAGCUGCAAAAACAGAUGGCCAACCACAAGCCCACGGAUAAUUCUUGGGGCAGUGGAGCGCCCGGCACAGCGAACUACACGCGACCCUUUGUCGGUUCCCACGAAGAGGAGGCACUGCUGAACGAGAUGGAGGUUACCGGCCAGGCGUUCGAGGACAUGCAGGAGCAGAACUCCCGACUCAUACAACAGCUGCGUGAAAAGGACGAUGCGAACUUUAAGCUAAUGUCGGAGCGCAUCAAGGCCAACCAGCUGCACAAACUUCUGAGAGAGGAAAAGACGGUGCUGGAGGAUCAGAUGGCAACGGCGACCACGCAAAUCGAAGCCAUGCACAUUGUGCUGCGAAAGCUCGAGGAGAAGGAACGCAGCCUGCAGGCCACAGUCGCGUCGAUUGAGAAGGAGUUGAUGCUGCGGCAGCAAGCCAUGGAGAUGCACAAACGCAAGGCGAUUGAAUCGGCGCAAUCGGCAGCGGACCUCAAGCUGCAUCUGGAAAAGUAUCACGCGCAAAUGAAGGAGGCGCAGCAAGUGGUGGCGGAGAAGACCAGUUCGCUGGAGGCGGAGGCCUACAAGACCAAGCGGCUGCAGGAGGAGCUGGCGCAGUUUAAACGCAAGGCGGAGCGCAUGAAGAAGAUGGAGAUGUCGGGCACCACCAUCGACGAGGUGAUGAUUGAGGAGAUCCGCGAAUACAAAGAAACGCUCACGUGUCCCUCGUGCAAGGUGAAGCGGAAGGAUGCUGUCCUGUCAAAGUGUUUCCACGUCUUCUGCUACGACUGCCUGCGCACUAGGUAUGAAACGCGGCAGCGGAAGUGUCCCAAAUGCAACUGCGCCUUCGGCGCCAACGAUUAUCAUAGGCUAUAUCUGCAGUAGAUAAGCGAUAGACCCCGUAACGAUAAUUUAGAUACGUUCCGGUCAUGUCCUAUUCAUACACAAAUCCACCCACGGCACACACCACUCCCGCACACCCAAGCAGAGACAGUCAGUCACACACACCCAACAUUCAUGCCGGAUUAUUAUUCAUUAUGCAUAUAUUACAUACGUACUAAUAUUUGGUUAAGUAGUCUCCGAAUAACUUUCCUCCCAGAUUCCUCAUGGCAAUUAUUUGAAUUUGUUCAUUCUGGCGCCAAGUAAAAGCAUCUCAUUAUGAGUGCCGCGAGAUCGUCACGCGGUUUUGUAGCUUCUAGUUUUUGUAAAUCAAACUAUUUUUAAAUGAUUUAAUUUGAAAACUAAAUGUACGAACACUAAUAAAUGGCUAAAACCUAUUGUUUAGCA